AUGUCUCCCCCAGAGCUCCCCUCCAAGCUCGUCACCGUCCCCUGGUCCGAGGGCCUCAACGUCGAGGCCUACUCGCGCAGGUCCGAGCCAUCCCCAGGCCCAUUCGCUCUAACCGUCCCUCACGCCAUCAUCCGAAACACUCACCUCUAUAACCAGCUCCGCUACGCUAAAGAACUCGACAACCGAUCCCUCAAGGACGUCAUCGGUCCACUCUGCGAGGAGAUCGCGCAGUAUCAGAAGCAAGACAGCAAUGAGAUGUAUGAUCUCUCCAAGACCAUCGUCAUCAAGUAUGGCGAGACUUCUCUCCGCGUCAUCCGUCGUAUGUGGGACCUCAACCUUGUCUACAACUCUCGCCCUGAGAUUCCUGGCGACAUUCCUCUUGUCUUCGCUCAGGGUACUUGGUCUGGUACUCUCUGCGACACUGUUCUGUACCGUAUGCAUUAUGCCGAGGACUUCAAGAUUGCGAACCAUAACCAGUUCAUGAACGGCGCCUACAUCACCAACGUUCUUACUCAAGAUCACCGCGACCGAGUCGAGCGCGCCGCCGAAGAACGUGAGGUUCUGUCCGCUGUGUGGCAGGAAGUGGUUGGGAACUCUAAGCCCAAAUUCUCUAUCUCUACGUCCCUUGGCAUGACAAAGGAGUCUGCCCUAGAGCUCUGCAUCGAGACUGUCGAAACUUUCCACGAGACUCUUGAUAGAAUCUCGGAUGACAAGGAGUAUGAACUUCAUAAAGGGGAUACAGAAGAGAUUCACCACCAUCAGGCCCGUCAACUGCUGCACAUUGCAGCCCGGGCUGCUGCCAACUGGGAAUCUCGACAGCCUGGAUCUUCAGACAAUAUUCUGUCUGUGUACUGUGAGGAUAUGCUCCGGCGCCGUAGGAACGAGAUCCGCAAGCAGAAUGCGGAACUGCGGCAGCAGCUUGAGGCGAUUCUGGGAGAUACUCGUGGAGGACAGGUCGGGAUGGGGAGCGAUGGUGAGAGCGAAUAUGACAGUGAUGAUGAGUCUGAGGAGUCUGAUGAUUCUGAUCUUCCUAUGUUCGAUCACUACGACAACUAGGGAAACUCACUCUUCUAAGGGUUCUUGAUCUUGUUGCCUCAUUUGUAUUACACAUCACCAAAGAGUGAUCCAUUUCUUGACAGGGGAUCAAUAUGGAAGUUCAACAAAAUACUUCUCACAGGGAUUUGAGAGCAGACGGCAAAGAACAGAGUAUAGGUCUGGGAUUGGGGCAGAUCAGUGCAAAUUGCAUUCAG